ACUUUUUAAAUUUACCCGGGAUUUUUCCACCAAUCAGGAGCCUCGAGGGAAGGGGGGGCAGGGAUGCCUAGCUUCUUCUGGCUACUGCGCAUGGGCGCCUAGCAAUGCGGCUUGACCUUGCGGCCGCCCCUGCUCUCGCCGGCAGAAGGCACAUGCGCACCUAUGACGGUCUCGGCCUGCGAAUCCCAGUCCUUGCUUGGCGCGCGGUGAAAUGACGUCAUAAGAGCCGGAAGCCGUACCGUCGCUGUCUUCCCUCCUCCCCCCCCUUCCUGGCCGCUGCCGGAAGUAUCCUCUCGGAAAACCUAACUGCUGGAGGAAGGUUCUCGGAGAGUUUCAGUUCCGGGGGUAGCUGUGCAGCCGGAGCCGCGAUGAUUCCGAUCCCUGUGGCGGUGUGCGUGCUCGGCGGCUGGUGCGUCAUCUACCUGGCAGACACGCUGCUGAAGUCCUCUAGUUCUCUGAAAGCAUCCUAUGAAGACUGGCUGAUGUCAUAUGGGCUGAGUGUCUCUCCUUUUCAUGUGCGAUGGCAAACAGGUCUCUUCAACCGUCAGUUCUACAAUUGGGGACGAUGGAAGCCUAGAUUUCUUUAUCUAUGGUUCAGCAUAGGAAUGGUAUUUGGGAUAGCUGCCAUGUUUGGUUCUGUUAUUCUGCUUGGAAAGACAUUGAUACAGACAUUGACACAAAUGUUAAGUGAAGCCCCCACAGCCCAGAAUGAUCGGAUCUUGCAAGUUGUGGUGCCUGGUGUAAAUCUGCCCGUCAGUCAGCUGACCUAUUUCUUCACUGCAAUCCUCAUCAGUGGUGUCAUACAUGAAGUUGGCCAUGGGGUGGCAGCUAUUCGAGAACAAGUACGGUUUAAUGGAUUUGGAAUUUUUAUCUUUAUUGUAUAUCCUGGAGCAUUUGUUGACCUCUUCACCACCCAUUUGCAACUUAUAUCUCCAGUCCAGCAGUUAAGAAUAUUUUGUGCAGGAGUUUGGCAUAAUUUUGUUCUUGGUGUGGCAGGGCUCGUAGUUCUGUUCCUGCUGCCAGCAAUUCUUUUCCCUUUUUACUACACGGGUGUUGGAACACUUGUCACUGAGAUCACAGAGGAUUCUCCUGCCAAUGGGCCAAGAGGACUUUUUGUAGGAGACCUUGUUACGAAUCUACAAGACUGCUCAGUUCAUAAUGUGGAAGACUGGAAUUCCUGCUUAGGAGAGCUCUCACAGAAGCCUCAAACAGGCUACUGCAUAAAUGCAGCAGUACUACAGCAAUUAAGCUUCCCAGCUAGAGUCUACAGAAGACUUGAUGGCACUGUUGAAUGCUGUAGUAACAACAGCCUCACAGAUAUUUGCUUUUCAUACAGCAAUAAUUUGAACAGCCACCAGUAUGUCUGUUUGCCAGCACGAAAAGCUAUUGAGUCCAGCCAAGUUUGCCGAACCAACACAGAUUGCCAGAAGAACUUUGUUCCAAGUUUUUGUGUGAUACCUUCUUUAGAAAACCAAACAAAGUUAAUCAGGGUGAAGCAUCCACCUCAGGUUGACAUGCUGUUUGUAGGACACCCCAUGCAUCUUCAGUAUACAGUGAGCCUCAGCAGUUUUGUACCACGUCACAACUUUCUAAGCAUAGAUCUGCCUGUGGUGAUAGAGACAUUUUGCAAAUAUCUAAUUUCACUCUCAGGGGCUUUGGCAGUUAUCAACGCAGUACCAUGCUUUGCUUUGGAUGGCCAAUGGAUAUUAAACUCUUUUCUGGAAGCCACUCUUAGUUCACUGAUUGUAGAGAAACAAAACAGAGAGCUUGUUGGCUUUUUAAUUUUGCUUGCUGGCAGUGCACUUUUGGCUGCCAAUGUAGCACUGGGACUUUGGAUGGUGACAGCACGGUAGUAUAUUGGAUAAAUUUCUGCACUGGACCAUUUCCACAAAUUCUACAAGAAAAAAUAAUGAUUUUUUUAUUGUCUUUUAAGACUUUUUUUUGUAUGAGAGGGAAAUGAUUUUAUUUAAUUUAUUUUGGAAGAAGGAUUGAUGGUGAUUUGGAGAAAAGUCUGCAGAACCUUGUGAGUUUGAUCAUGGAAACACUGAAAGAAAAAAUAAGACUCCAUCCCUUUAACUGUAAUAUCGUUUUUAAAACACUAUGAUCAUUUUAGAGAAAUUGCAUCACAGAGAUUUACAAGAGAAAAACUAAAGCUUGAUUCCAAAAUGGGGGAAUUUGGCACUGAACUCUUGCACACUGGCAAGGGGAAAACAUGUUAGCUAUAUUUUAUCAUUUAAAUAAUUAUGGGACAGUCUCUGUCGGUUGAAUUAAUAUAUUUUUGUGGUGGAAUUUUUGGUUAAUUUGGUGUUGUACCAAGUUUGGAAUCUCAAAAACUGAUGUCUGAGCUCAUUUUAAAUUGGUGAAAAUUUGUAUAAAUUAUAGCAACAUGUUAAUGAAGAGAAGGAGACA